GACGCGAGCGGGAGGAAGGUUUUGUCGCUCCGCGGCUUCCGUCGGAGCACACCCUGCUGUGUCCUUUGUGCUCGCCGUAGGCGGACAUGGCGGAGUAUUCCUGUGUUAAAUCCACCAAACUCGUCCUCAAAGGGGCGAAAGAGAAGAGCAAGAAAAAACACAAGGAGAAGAAAAGGAAAAGGGAAGAGGAUGCGGCAGAGCAACUUGAUAUUGUUGGAAACUGGUGGGCUGUCCGUAAUUUUGGUGAAAUUACGGGAACGAUAGCUAUAGAAAUGGAUAAAGGAGCUUACGUCCAUGCCCUUGACAAUGGCUUGUUUACACUUGGAGCACCACAUAAAGAUGAUGAAGGCCCUAGUCCUCCUGAACAGUUUACAGCAGUAAAGUUGUCUGAUACAAGGAUUGCUCUGAAGUCUGGUUAUGGCAAAUACCUUGGUAUAAAUUCAGAUGGACUUGUCAUUGGACGUGCAGAUGCAAUAGGGUCAAGAGAGCAGUGGGAACCUGUCUUCCAAGAUAAGAAAAUGGCAUUACUAGCAGCAAACAGCCGUUUUAUUAGAUGCAAUGAAGAGGGAGACAUAGAAGCCAAGAGCAAAACUGCAGGGGAAGAAGAAAUGAUCAAGAUUCGUACUUGUGCUGAAAGAGAAGCUGAGAAGAAAGAUGAUGUUCCACAUGAAGACAAAGGAAACGUUAAACAGUGUGAAAUCAAUUAUGUAAAGAAAUUCCAGAGUUUUCAAGACAAAAAGCUUAAAGUAAGCAAAGAAGAUACAAAAGCCCUUAGAAAAGCCAGGAAAGAAGGCACUUUUCAUGAAAUGCUGCUUGACAGGAGAGCAAAAGUGAAGUCAGACAGAUACUGCAAGUGACAACCAGCUGGUCCAUUUUCUUCUACAGCUUUAAUGAUAGUGUCAUAAUUGAAAACAAAAGUAAAAUGUUUUGUAAUUACUUUUUAUUGAAGGAGUUUUGCUGAUGUUUUUAUUACCUUAUUUUUAAAGGAUUACCUGAGAGUUGUAAUUAAGUGUCAAACUAAUGUCGUCUGUCACUAGUGAAUAAUAUAUGUUUACUCUAAAACUACGUGCUAUUGAAAUAGUGAGAUAAUUAUUUAUUGGGAAAGAAAUUGACCCACUGAUUCUUCCAAAGCUGAUGAAAGGAACCUGAAUGAAGAGACAGAGCAGAAGACAUUAACAGCUGAAGAGAGCAGUGAUGAAGUUCAAAAGCAAAAUAUGUUUAACACAUUGAACGUGUAAGAAGUAUGUAACUAUUGAACAAGAAGAAAUAAUUGGAAAUGCUUGUCUUGGAACACAUCCUCAGAUGCUGAGUAGGAUGUCUGUGGAGCCAGUGAUUCAGGUUAGGACUGGGCCAGAAUAUUCAGAUGUAGUCCCGAAUAUUGCAUAGGGCACUGCAUCAAGUGAGGACUGGGCCAGAAUAUUCAGCCUUCAUAAAACAAUGUUCUAAACAGGUAAGUGAUAUAAUCCAUAUGUUGGAAAAAGUGUUGACAAAUCACAGAACCCUAUUACAAAUGAAAAUGCUAGUGGUUUCAUAAGAAAAGGGAAUGGCUGUUUUGUGUUAGCAGGCCACUUAUUUUAUGAGAGGGGAAAAAAUGAUUUUGCUGGUUUCUCUAUGGCAUGGACUUUAUGUAAUAAAACCAGGGACUUUUUUUAUGGUCAUGUAUAAUACACAUUCCUAGUAUCUCAUAAAGUACAGCACCCCUGUCUGCUCUGAUUACUAAGAAGCUUUACAGUAACAACAUCUCCAUAGGAACUAUCUCAGAACAAUGGCUUACUCUCUCCACAGCUUCUGUAAUCUGUGUCAUAAAGACUACUUGGUAAGAAUGUUGAGCAUUUUCAUGGGAAUAAUUUGAAUUAUCUUUAUGGAGCUCCUCCUGGCUGUUAGAACUGUACACAUAGUACAAAACUGCGCUCAUGCAAGAUAGUGAUGUGUCUGAAAAGCGCACAAGAACAGACCAAUAGAGCCUAGCCAGUAGUGGCAGUUUAUAUUGAUCUAAUUUUGUAGGCAGUUGGCCUUGAGGAAAAGGCACAAAGAAUUUAAAUACAUCAUAACUGUUUAAACCUUUUAUUGACUUUCAGCAUGAAAACAAAUUAUAGCUGGUUAAGGAAGGCUAGCUGAGGUUAGCAAUAGAAGUAUGUAAUUUUUCAAAGAACUUUAAAAAUACGGGUAUAGCCCACACACAUUUUAUGGAACCAAAAGGAAAAAAUCUCCACAGGCUGGGCACAUUCAUGAAGUGACACUUUUAGAAGAGCAAACAAAAGUCUAAACCUUCCACAUACGGCAUUUUUAAGGUUAUCGUGCUCUAUCAGUGCUCUAUCCCACUGAGUAUAGAGACUUUUGCCACAGGGCUUUUUCUUCUAAGGCAGCAUAAUUUAUGUAUUUGUUUUAUACCUGUUAAACCUAUUCUUAAUAGCUAUUUUAUAAGAAUAGGCAUACUCACUAGUUUGUAUGCAUAUCUAUUUUGGAAUGAGUGCCUUUUCUUCCCACUUCAGCUUUCUCUGUUGAGACAACAAAUGAGAAAUCAAAAUGCUCCCUCUGUGGAGGUGGUUUGUGCAGCGAUAUUGGGACUCUUGUGCUUGUAACUUUCUUGUACAGCCAAAUCCUUUAGACCUUGUGUCAUUCCAGCUGCUUCACAAGAGUUUCUGUUUUAAUGCCAAUAGAAGUUACAACAGAAUGCUGAGAAAUUAAGCAGGGUUUGUGUUGAAUAAAAAAAUAGUAAAACAAUCAAAUGAGAAUUUUCUCCUCAGUUUUCAGAGGUACAAAGCCCCCUUAGUGGCUAGGGGUUUUUAAUUUAAAUCAUCUCCUAGAGAACUGUCUUUUCCCUUAUGUCUGUCACUUAUCUGAUUAUUGUAUUUCAGGAAAUACUAUUAACCAAAAUGUAAUAGUAUCAUGUGGUCAUAUAAACUGAGUGAACACUUGAGCUUUUUACUAGUUCAACAGCUACAUUUUAAAGUUAUCACAGAUUUUAUUUCUCGUUCUAGUACAAAACUUUGAGUCUAAGCUUAGUGCGUAGCAGGAAUGAAUAGAAGUUAUCUUUAUUUCCUAUCAAUUUCUAUUAACUAUGCAUUCUUUCAAGAAUUCAGGCAAUUGCUGGGAAUGUCAACAUGUUUGUAGUAAGUUGCUGUAUUAAAACAUUUGCAGAAAGAAGUUGCAAUUAGCAGAACUGAUCCUUGAUUCUGAGUUGUUUGGUUUUUUCAGGUGUUUCCAGAAUUAUGUUAAACUUCCCUCACGUACUGAUAACCCAGUUAUAAAAUGUCAUUGACUGUAUCAGUUCUGGAUAUUUGGCUUGUAUUAAGGGAAUGGCUUCAAGGAAAAUUAAAAAUACGUAAAUUA